UGUGUCAGUUUGCCAAACGGAUUAGGGGGAAUGUAUAUUACGUCUGAAAGACCGCUGGAGCUGGUGAACACAAAAGGAACGUAAACAAAGCAUUAAUAAACACAUAUUCACACAUUGUGAGAGGAAAUGGACUCAAAAUCAACAAGUUCUGGAUUCCACAGCCACGCAGAAAGCGCUUCAGCUCAGAGCAGCGCGAGCAGAAAGCAGUAUCGAACUCCAAGCAGUUCAGGCUCGAGCUCAGAGACUUUAGAAAGUCCGACGGGUGCUCACGUUGAAUGGUGCAAACAGCUGAUUGCAGCUACAAUGUCAAAUCAAAAUCCUGGAGCCAUCUCUUUAGAGUCAUUGCCUCGAGACUAUAGGGACUAUGAUGGUGGAUUUUUCUUGGACAAUGAUGGUCAGCUUACAGCCUCUUCCUUGGCAUUAAGGGACGGUAAUAAGCAAGCACUGAUGGAAGAGGCUCCACGUGUACCUGGGGAGACCAUCAAAGCAAUAGCUAAAGAUGUUAUGUAUAUCUGUCCUUUCUCUGGAGCUGUGAGUGGCACACUGACCAUCACUGACUACAAGCUUUACUUUAAGAGUGUUGCUCGAAAUCCCCCUUUUGUAUUGGAUGUAAACCUUGGAGCUAUCAGCAGGUUGGAGGCUAUUGGGGUACAAAGUCAUGGAGAGAACACUAGAGGCCUAGAGAUAGUAUGCAAAGAUUUGAGGAACCCAAGGUUUGCUUAUAAAAAGCAAGAGCAGAGCAAGCUGGAGAUAUUUGAGAUGUUGUCCAAGUAUGCCUUCCCACUCUCUCAUGACCUGCCUUUCUUUGCAUUUAAGUACCGAGAGAAGUUCCCCGAGGAUGGCUGGAAGGUUUAUGAUCCAGUAGCUGAAUACAAGAGACAGGGUCUGCCGAAUGAGAGCUGGCUUAUCAGUAAGAUCAACAGUAACUACGAGAUGUGUGAGACGUACCCGGCUCUGCUCGUUCUGCCCUCAAGCAUCAAAGAAGACGAGCUCAAGAGGGUCGCUGCCUUCAGGGCCAAACGACGCAUUCCUGUACUGUCAUGGAUCCAUCCAGAGAGUCAGGCAGCUAUAGUGCGCUGUGGUCAGCCUCAGGUGGGCCCCUCAGACCGCCGCUGUAAAGAAGACGAGCGAUACCUACAGACUAUACUGGAUGCCAAUGCCCAGUCACACAAACUUUGUAUCUUUGAUGCCCGUCAAAGCAGUGUGGCAGAAACGAACAAAUCUAAGGAUGGUGGUUAUGAGAAUGAAAAUUUCUAUCCCAGUGUGGAAUUAAAUUUUCUGGAAAUUCCAAACAUGCACGUCAUGAGGGAAUCCUUACGCAAGCUAAAGGAGGUGGUGUAUCCUGCCAUCGAUGAGCAGCGGUGGUUCUCUUCUGUGGAUGCCACACACUGGUUGGAGUACAUCAGGUUGUUGCUGGCAGGUGCAGUGCGGAUAGCUGAUAGAAUUGAGUCAGGCAAGAGCUCCGUGGUGGUUCACUGCAGUGAUGGCUGGGACCGGACCUCUCAACUCACCUCUCUAGCCAUGCUAAUGCUGGACUCAUACUACCGCUCGCUGAAGGGCUUUCAGGUGCUGCUGGAAAAAGAGUGGCUUAGCUUCGGACACCGCUUUGCCUCGCGUGUAGGACAUGGUGAUGAGAAUCAUGCUAACUCUGAACGCUCACCUCUGUUUGUGCAGUUUAUAGACUGUGUAUGGCAGAUGACCAGACAGUUUCCCUCAGCAUUUGAGUUUAAUGAACUGUUUCUCAUCACUGUGUUGGAUCAUCUGUACAGCUGCCUGUUUGGGACAUUCCUGUACAACAGUGAACAGGAGCGAACCUCAAAGGGGAUCUUUAGUAAGACUGUGUCACUGUGGUCAUACAUAAACACUCAGGCUGAGGAAUUCACCAACCCACUCUACAUGAACUACGAACAACAUGUUCUGUACCCAGUAGCCAGUCUGAGGCACCUGGAGCUCUGGGUGAGCUACUACGUACGCUGGAACCCCUGCAUACGACCACAGGUACCUGUUCAUCAGCAUUUAAAGGAACUGCUAGCUGUAAGGACUGAAUUGCAAAGAAGAGUAAAGGAGCUCCAGAAAGAAACCUUGUCAUCUCGAUCUCGCUCCUCGUCCUCAGAUCUGGGAGGAACAGCUAUGCAAACCAUUGUCUGAUACACUGGUUAACCACAGUGCUGAUCAACACAAGCCUGUAAAACCGGAGCAGCAACCUAAAUUUUCAAUACUACAAAAAAUGAAAACAGUAUUUAUUUUUAACAAAUUAUAGUAUAUCAGUCAAAAUUAGUCAAAGAUCAUGUAAAUAUGUUUUUGAUAUUCAUCAUUUUACAACACCUUUUUUGCUGGCUGUGCAACUAAGCACCAUGCUUGAAAACAAUAUACACAACACUGGCAUUAUUAACUGUUUAUUCACAUGCAGUUUUGUCUGAAGUGUAUUUAAAUUUAAAACAAAAAAGCUCUGCAAUAGUUGUCAUUUGGAGAUGUGAGAAGAUUUAAAAUGGGAAAUGGCUUAAUAACACUAUUGCUUUAAUUACAGGGCUCAUUAAAUCUUAUUAAAGAGCUUUGGAGCCACUACUAGCGAUCCCACAAUUAAUAAACGUGUGAUUGCUAUCUAUAUUGCAAAUGCUGUCACCCUAUUUCACAGCUCACUAAUCGGCAUGUUGUGUUUUCUGUGUCUUUGGCAUAAUGCCAUGGUUCUGAUUGUAACUAGAAUACAACAGUUUGUGAAACAGUGAGAAUCAGUUUGACUACAUCAUAUAAAUAAUUUGUUUCAUUGGCAGUGCUUUGAAAAGUUCAGAUUCAAGUUUGAGCCCAGUGGCAAAAACUGAGCGGCAAAUCUGUGCAGUGCUGUAUUAUUCUGCACCACUUUGCCCUUGAGUGCAGGGUGGACCAAUAAACUUGGAUUAAAUAUGCUACACACUAACACUAAACCUAAAAGUAAUGGUUUGUUUGGUACACUUAUGCAGCAAAUUCUUAUAAUGAGAUUUCGAGUCUGUAACUUUCGUUAAGUUUGUUUGUUUUUUUAUAUUUUAAAAUGCCAAAACUUCAGUGCACCUUUUUUCUGAAGUGCAUUCUGAAAAUAAAGUUUUAUAAUUGCAAA